AUGUAUCUUGCUAGCCAUACCGACCGAUAUAUCUUUUUCUCAAAUUUGCUAGCAAGAUUAGCUCAUGCCCAACUCGGAGACAUUGACCGAGUAAAACAGAUAUUUCGUUAUCUCCAAGGCAUAAAGAAUAUGGGUCUAUUUUUCCCUAAUAAAUCCAAGACAGAGUUGAUUGGUUUUGCAGAUGCAGGAUUUAUGUCAGAUCCUCAUAAUGGAAAAUCACAAACUGGAUAUGUUUUUACAUAUGGAGGUACUGCAAUCUCUUGGCGCUUAAUGAAGCAAACAAUUGCAGCAACCUCGUCUAAUCAUGCAGAAAUCUUAGCAAUCCAUGAAGCAAGUCGUGAAUGUGUAUGGCUAAGAUCUAUGAUCCAGCAUAAAAGGAAUAAUUGUGGUUUAUCAUCUGAAAAGGAAACUACAACUGUCUUGUUUGAAGACAACACAACAUACAUUGAUCAGCUCGAUAGUGGAUACAUCAAAGGUGACAGAACAAAACACAUUGCACCAAAAUUCUUCUUCACUCAUGACCUCUAG